CUGAUGUCGCCUGAGGCUGGCCUAGGAGAAGAGCAGCUGCCCCCUCUAUGGGAGCCAGGUGACUGCAGGGCUCCACUGGGAGGUGGCGUCUGCAGGACGCGGGUGAAAGGGCAUCGUUGGACACCUAUUGGUCCCUGCACCCAGAGGUGCUCAGUGCCUCAUCUAGGAUCCUAGACGUCUGUGCCCAACAGUGUCCUCGGGUGGCUCUGCAUUCUGUUCUUAAAAUGGCACGGGCUAGGGAAGAAGCAGGGGAUAGCCAGCUGGUAUCUGGUCGGGAGCCACCAUCGCGCGUCAUCAGAGUGUCUGUCAAGACGCCACAGGAUUGCCAGGAAUUUUUGCUAGCUGAAAAUAGCAGUGUCCGCCACUUUAAGAAACAGAUCUCCAAACGCCUUCACUGUGACACUGACAGACUGGUGCUCAUCUUCACUGGAAAGAUCCUCCGGGAUCAAGACAUACUAAGCCAGCGUGGCAUCCAUGAUGGUGCCACAGUGCACUUGGUGGUAAGGACUCGUUUGAAAGCAUUAGCCAGUUCUGCUACUCUGCCGAAUGCCUCAGACCACUGCACCCAUCGUUCUGAGCCAUCAGCCUCUGAGGCUGCUGGGAUGCUAGCUAGGCUGGGCCGGCUGGCCCGGACCUCACCUGAGCUCGCUGACCUCUUUGGCCAACUGGCACAACUCCUGAUGACUGCCCCAGAGUCUGUGGUGCAGUUCUUGGAAGACCCUCUAAUUCAAGGACUAGCAAGUGAGAAACCAGCCAUUGCUAGCCACGUUCCUGAGCCCUCAAGGCCAGCACAGAAACAUGACUUGGCUCUCAGGACUCUGGAAACCUUGCAGAAGCCAGCCCGGCACCAGGAGCUCUUGGAAGCAAGCAAGCAGAGGCUGGAGGCCUUGAAGGCAGUGCCGUGUGGGGACAAUGCUAUGCGUCCAGUCUCCUCGGAUAUCCAACAGCUCAUGCUUUCUACUCUGGCCUUAUUGAUUGCCUCCAAAGACUACAUCUCAGGUUCAGAUUCUUGCAGAGGGGAAGCCAAUGUGCCCAGCUAUCCUGAUACGACCACCACUUCUGCACCUGCCAGACCAGUGGUACAAGAGGUCAGUGUGGGAGCAUUUACACAGGGCAGGGGCAUGACCUCAAAUCAGGCCAGUUUGGGAUGUAAGAGUGGUGUGCCAGUCUUACACUCAGGCCAAGAUCUUCCCUCCCAGGAUAGUCAGCAACCUGUAGAGAAAGCCUCUCUGACAAAUCAGCUAAGACCUUUACCUUCUCUUUUGUGCCAAGCCUUGCAUGUCCUACAGCAGAAUCCAACUCUGCUACACCAGCUGAGUAGCAGCCCCCUGCGGCAUCAUAUACCACUACUUUCCAUCCUGACAAAUCCACGAGCACUUCAGGCAUUGAUACAGAUAGAACAGGGUCUACAGAUACUGUCCAGGGAGGUACCUGGUCUGAGACCAUUCUUACAGGACUCAGCUAGACCACGUGGAGCCAGAAGAGUUCCAGAAUCUAGGGCUGGAAGACAAGGGCAUAGAGAAGACCCUGUGCACUCCACCCUGGCUAUUCUUCAGUUUCUCCAUGAACUGGCCAGCGCUUGUUCCCAGUCUACCCAAUCACCAUUAUUCUCAUCCUUCCUCACAGAAAGUCGCUACCAGCAAGAACUUGAGCAGCUGAAGGCCCUGGGUUUUGCCAAUCGCAGUGCCAACCUGCAGGCCCUGAUAGCCACAAAUGGAGACAUCCAUGCUGCCAUUGAGAGGCUGCUGGGGGAGCCACAGGCCUAGGUCCCCUCAACAGAUGCUUACAGUGCACCACCAGGGAGGGGAGGGGGAAAGAAGUCACUUAUUUUAGGGAAUCCUCUUACUCAAGUCAUGAGUAUGUUUGGGCAGCCCCUCCCCCACUGCCCCAGCCUGUUCCACAUUAAAAAAGAUUGCUUGGA